AUGGCUGUACGACUGGCAAUUACAAGGCUGAUACAGUGGCUGUCAUUUGUAGAGAGAUUGAGUUGUAGAGUCAAUUUUGGUGUUAAUUUUAUUUCGGUGGUAAUAAAUUUGAUGAUAGUGCGAUCAGCCACGGAAAGUCCGAAUGAAAUAUUUAGUACCUCAUCAGAGGUAUUUGGGACACAAUUGACGAAAUCAAGUGAUAAACAUUGCAGAUAUACCAGAAUAGCGAUCAUGGAUACAGCACCCAGGUUACCCAAUUCGACAGUGGCAAUGCUUGUAGAGUCUUUGACGGCCUAUUCUGUUGGAAAUACGCCCAACCGUGUUGGGACGUUGACGGUGUUUGGAAGCGGAAGCCAAUUAGUGGGGGCCAUUGAUCUUGGGGACCAAGAGAACCCGCAAGAUGUGUCCAAGAAUGAUGCUCAGCAAAUGAUAGAGGUUGCAAGCGGAUUAGUACAAAGUGCUACUAGCUUUGACGGCCUGAUGAAAUAUAUCAAGGUGAGCUACAAGGACCGGGAGUUACUCGUGAUUCCGGGGGAACAGUACAAUGUUGCAGCAGUGAUUGAUUCUACAGAAUAG